UGUUCGAUUAGUGAUAUGUCUCAUUAUUGUAAGAUUACGUUAUCUUCUCUUGAGGAUAAACUGUGAGUUUUUGUGCUGCUUUGUUAGUUAUUCUGAGCAUGAAGGGGAUUGAACUGGAGUUGGAAUGCUGCCAGAACCAAGGAAGUUUUCUCUUCCUCACAAUUGCUAGGAACCAACUGAGCUUAUUUGAUUUUUUUUUUCACAUCAUCUAUAUCUUUCUUCUCUCUGUUUUUGAAGCGCUUUUUAUGUUUUAUUAAAUACGGGACCCAAUGUUUAUAUGAAUAUGCAGUCCCAUGUUUACAAGUUCAUGGGAGGCUCACAAGCUGGAAUUUCGGUAUACUUACAUGAUUUAGUGUAAAGAUAAUCUGAUGUUGACAUCUUCCCUUGUGUCAUUUCUUUCCUAAUUAUUGUGGCUGGGGUCAGAAGUGCCUGGUAGUAGCAUGGCCCCAGGAAGUCACAGCACAGUGUGUGUGUGUGUGUGUAUGUGUUCUGGUUGUGCGUGUGUGCCUGUGUAUUUUGCGGGACUAACACAGUUCUCGGGGCAGUAGUACCUAGCCCAUGUACUCCAAAACACGACCCUUAAAAUACAGAUGCCAGAAUGUUAACUAAUAGAUGGAAAUGACAGGAUCAUUUCUACCCUUGGGAUUUCUUGGAAACAAAAUUAAUAAAGAGCAUUUGAAUGUAGGGCUCUCUGUGUCUUGAAAUUUCAGCUGACACCUGAGCUUAUGAGAUCUCUUUUCCUCCUCAUCCAUUUUAUUCUCUCUCUCUCUGUUUAUUGAGUAGAUUUUUUAAUGUUUAUAUUAAUGGAUAGCAGAAAAUGGUCACUCCAAUAUGGAGCCCAAGUUUAUUUGGGCUUAAGUGGAAUUUCUGGGAACCAUGUCCAUAUUACACAGAAGAAGAGAUCAUUGAUCUGGCCAACUUGGGUUGUGUUCAUUCCUAGCAUUUUCAGUAUGCGUGGACCUGAGAAAGACAUGGGAAUAACACAACCCAGGAGGCCGUGGUGUGCCGCAGGCACGUGUGUCUUUGUGACCUGUGGAGUGUGGGAAGUCCUCAGAACAGGGGUAGCAAGACUCACAUAUUCUAAGGUGACUCUCACAAUAGAUGGGCCAGUAUUCAAUCAAGAGAAAGUACUAAGACAGGGAUCUGUCUCAAUUCAGAUGAUUAAAAAAGGUCAAGAGCUAGAGUGGAUGAGGUUUCAGCUGUAGCAGAGAGGCCACCUCACUCCAUAACACUUCUGACACGAUGUCUCAUCACUCUCUCAGCCUCACGCACUUUGCAACAUUGACUUCACUUUUUUUGACUUGAACAUUUGAAAGAAGCACCUUCCACGGGGCCUUUGUGCUGACCAUUCCCUCUGCCAGACACACACUUCCCCACGUAAACUUGCAUCUCCCUCUUUGUCCUACUUGAGGUCUCUGUUCACGUGUCGCCUUGUUUUCAGGUCUUGACUAAAUACGCAUGAAAAACAGAACACCCUCUUCGCUCUCUCCUUUAUACCUGCUUUCCUUUUCCUCAGCCACCUGCACCAUCUGAAAUGUUACGUAAUGUUAUCAUUUGCCUACACUGCAUGUUCAUCUCCAUCAGUGAGUUGUAGGGACUUUUGUUUUCAGCAUCUUGUAUACAUGGGCAAGGCAGUGGCUAAAACAUGGUCGACACUCAAUUUAUAUUCCUGAAAUACAUGAAGAAUCUGUCAUUAAAACUGUAGAAUACAUGACCCUUAAGAAGAAAAAGUUGAUCAGGGCAAAAAUUCCAUAUCAGAUGUAGCAUGAGCGAUCCCCAAAGGGGGCCAGGUCCAUAGACAUAAUAUUAAAUUAAUUUUUUGACCACAAAUGACAAAUUGUAGCAUUUCAAGUAUGUUAGUAAUGCGAGUUUGUGUGAAAAUUAGUCAUUUUAUUUCCUUCUUUCCUAGAAGUCACUUCCACCACAUGGAGCCAGGCAAUAAUACACAAAUUUCAGGAUUUCUUCUUCUGGGAUUUUCAGAGAAACCAGAAUUGCAGCUCCUCAUAUUUGGGCUUUUCCUCACUAUGUACCUGAUUACUGUGUGUGGAAAUCUGCUCAUCAUCUUAGCUGUCAGUUCGGACUCCCUCCUCCACACACCCAUGUACUUCUUCCUCUGCAACCUGUCCUUCGUAGAUAUCUGUUUCACCUCCACCACCAUCCCGAAGAUGCUGUGGAACAUCCAGACACAAAGCAAAGUCAUAACCUAUGAGGGCUGCAUCACACAGAUUUAUUUUCUCAUACUCUUUGCUGUGUUGGACAUCUUUCUCCUGACAGUAAUGGCCUAUGACCGGUUUGUGGCCAUCUGCCACCCCCUGCACUACACAGUCAUCAUGAACCACCGGCUCUGUGGACUGAUGAUUCUGGUGUCCUGGAUCAUGUGUAUCCUGAAUUCCUUAUUACAAAGCUUAACAGCAUUGCGGCUUUCCUUCUGUGCCAACUUGGAAAUCCCCCACUUUUUUUGUGAACUUAAUCAGAUGGUCCAGCUUGCCUGUUCUGACACCUUUCUUAACAACGUGGUGAUGUAUUUUGCAGCCAUCCUGCUGGGUGGGGGUCCUUUUGCUGGUAUCCUUUACUCUUACUCCAAGAUAGUUUCCUGCAUACGUGGAAUCUCAUCAGCUCAGGGGAAGUACAAAGCAUUUUCCACCUGUGUGUCUCACCUCUCUGUUGUCUCCUUAUUUUAUUGUACAGUCUUAGGAGUGUACCUCAGCUCUGCUGCCACCCACAGCUCACACUCAAGUGCAAUAGCCUCAGUGAUGUACACUGUGGUCACACCCAUGCUGAACCCCUUCAUCUACAGCCUGAGGAACAAAGACAUAAAGAAGGCUCUCAAAUCAUUCUUUGUGAAGGAAACUACAAAAUUGUCCCAGCACUGAAGAAGUGCCCAUGUUUGCA